GUUUGUGACGGUCCCCUGGUGUUUCUGGUUUAAGUGUAGGGCUGUAAGAUGGCCCUUCCCCGGCUGCUGCCCAGGGCGCUGGCCCCGCUGGCCCGAGGGCUGGCCCGGCCGGGCUGCGGGCGGGCUCUGCAGCGGGCGGCCUCUGCCUCGGCUCCGGCGGCUCCAGACUUCAAUAGUUUUGUCAUUCGGACCAACACUUGUGGAGAGCUGCGUUCUGCUCAUGUGGGGCAAGAGGUCACACUGUAUGGAUGGAUUCAGUAUCAAAGACAAGGCCUGUUUCUGGUUUUGAGGGAUUUCCAGGGACUGACCCAGAUCAUCCUUCCACAGGAUGAGGCACAUUCCCACGUGAAGAAGCUCUUGUCUAAUGCCCCAGUGGAGUCUGUUGUGCGAGUGACUGGAAUUGUGUCCUCUCGGCCCCCAGGACAGGAGAAUCCGAAAAUGCCAACGGGGGAUAUUGAAGUGAAGGCGGAGACUGCAGAGAUUCUAAACUCCUGCAAGAAGCUUCCUUUUGAAAUCAAGGAUUUUAUCAAGAAAUCGGAGGCCUUGCGGAUGCAGUAUCGCUACUUGGACUUGCGUAGCUUCCAGUUGCAGUAUAACUUGCGGCUGAGAUCACACAUAGUGAUGAGGAUGCGGGAAUAUCUGUGUAACCUCCAUGGGUUUGUGGAUGUAGAAACUCCAACGCUCUUUAAAAGAACCCCAGGGGGAGCAAAAGAAUUCCUUGUGCCCUCCAGGGAAGCGGGCAAGUUCUACUCUCUGCCGCAGAGUCCUCAGCAGUUCAAGCAGCUCCUCAUGGUUGGAGGCCUGGACAGGUACUUUCAGGUUGCUCGCUGCUACCGAGAUGAAGGUUCACGGCCUGACAGGCAGCCUGAAUUCACUCAGAUAGAUAUCGAGAUGUCAUUUGUAGAUCAAGCUGGGAUCCAGAGACUGAUAGAGGGCCUCCUGCAAUAUUCCUGGCCUGAGGAAAGAGGCCCCAUUAUGACUCCUUUCCCUUCCAUGACAUACAAGGAGGCACUGGCUGACUAUGGGACUGAUAAACCAGACACUCGUUUUGGGAUGAAGAUAGUGGAUAUCAGUGAUUUUUUACGAAGAUUGGACAUUCAGUUUGUGCAGAAUGCGCUCAGUUACCCACAUGGCACUGUGAAAGCCAUUUGUAUCCCUCAGGGAGCGAGAUAUCUUAAAAAUAAAGAUUUGGAGUCAUUAAAGGAGUCUGCAAAAUCCCAGUUUAACCAGGAAAUCAUGGAAAUUAUCUGCAGGCCUGAUGGAAGCUUGAAGUCUCUGCUUACAAAGUUUCUUGGUGAGAAGCAGCAGUUGGAGCUUAUCCAAGUGCUGAACAUGCAGGUGGAUGAUGUGGUACUGCUGGCAGCUGGUGAACACAAGCAAGUGUGCUCUGCAUUAGGAAGCCUACGGUUGGAGAGUGCUGACCUCCUUGAGGCGGCUGGGCUGGUACUCCGUGAUCCUACAGCUUUUCACUUUCUGUGGGUGGUGGAUUUCCCCCUUUUCCUCCCAAAGGAAGAGAAUCCCACUGAACUGGAAUCUGCUCAUCACCCCUUCACUGCUCCUCAUCCUUCAGAUACCAGCCUCCUCUAUUCUGAUCCCACAAAGGCCCGUAGCCAGCACUAUGACCUUGUGCUGAAUGGCAAUGAAGUUGGAGGAGGCUCCAUCAGAAUUCAUAGUGCAGAACAACAGCGUUUUGUGCUGGAGAAAGUGCUGAAGGAGGAUUCUGAGGUGCUUUCCCAUCUGCUUGAGGCUUUGGAGUUUGGAGCUCCACCUCAUGGAGGAAUCGCUUUAGGACUUGACAGGCUGAUCUCUCUCAUCGUUGAUGCUCCAAGUAUCCGAGAUGUCAUUGCUUUUCCUAAAUCCUUCAGGGGACGAGACCUUAUGGGCAAUGCUCCAGACUAUGUCACUCCAGAAGAACUAGAGCCAUAUCACAUCCAGGUUUCCUGGCCUCUUGCAGAAAGAGGCAAGGAAAAACUUUAAAGCCAGUGAUGAGAUGACAAGAAAUCUGUGGCAGUAUAGCAGGGUUGCCAGUCUUCUGUGAAUUCUGCCUGGUCCUGCAAACCUGGUGCUACAGUGGUGAGUGAUGCAGCAGCAAGUUACUCGCAAGUAACUGUUCAUCCCUUUCCCACAUCAGAACAGCCACAGUGCAGGAGUGACUGUACAGAGUAGAGCAUGGGCUCUAGCAGCUUCCUACCAGACCAGGCCACUUGGCUCUGCUCUGUAGCGUAUAGGAAGCCCUCUGCAGAGGUACUCCAGUAGGUGUUCUUAACUCUGUGUUUAAGUUGGAGAAAGCAGAGAAUUGUUGGGAGGAAAGGUGGAAGGUGAAGAAGCUGAGGAAAAGAGAAGGAAGCGAUCACCUGAAUAAGUCAGGAAGAUGGUGCAAAGGAAGAAAAAGGAGAGCUACUGUGUCCCAGGUGGGAAGGGACAGCAAGAGGCAUCUGCUAGAGGAACUGCAUGAGGAGAGACAGAAGACUGCAGUUGUCUGAGCUGAUACUGAACUCCAGCCUUCUGCAAGAGAUCCUAUCCUGCAGAUUCUAACAGCUGCUGGGCUGCUCCAAAGGUUAUCAGCUAAUUCAGUCUCCACACUGUGGGAUAACAUUACAUGGUGGUGCACACUGUUGGCUUUUUUAAAUACUGGACUGUCCUGUUGAUAAAGAGCAAGGGAGGUGGCUCUUCUCCUUAAGGUUGUGAUUUUUGAGUACUUUAUACUGCCUAAAAGUGCCAUCGAUAGACAAGUAACAGUAGAGCUGACUUGCUGCUGCUUUGCAGAUUAUAAGAUGAUGGAGUUAUGUGUGUGAAAGAAAACUUCAAUCCUUUCUUAUCUCAUGUUAUGAUUGUUAUCGUCAGUUUCAGAGCGUGGUUAAAUACUAUUUAAAAAAAAAAAAAACAAAGAACGAAAAACACCACAAUCCUGGAUUUGUAUUCACAUUCAUUCUAGUCAUACACUUUGAAUUUCUUAAUUUUUUUUCCUUGUAUGAGCUAUUCAUUCUUAUAUUGAAAUUAAUUCACCUUUGUUUUACUUCCACCUUUUUUUUUUUUUUUUUUUUUCCUCUGAGUAGAAGCUGUCAGUAAUGGAGUGAGGAUGAGUUUUCAGAGAGAAGCUGAGCUGAAAAUUGGAUCCCUAAGCAGAUACAUGUUAAAAACAAUUUUGUUUUUGUGGGGAGGAGAGUCACCUCGUGAGAGUUACACUAGAUAUUUUUGUUCCUUUAACUUGUAAGUGGUGACAUGGAAUACAGCCACUACAAGGCUAUAUAUUAUAUUCAUACUGCUUUUUUUGAGGAUGCUGGAUUUUAUUUAGUUUCCUUACUGGUAGUAAGAUUAAGAUUUGCAUGGAAUUUGCUUGAGGAUCACCUGUGUUCCUAAAGCAGGGAUGUCAGAGGCUUGCUUGAGGACGUGGAAUCACAGAAAAGAAUUAUUCUGAAAAAUUCUUCAUUCCCCCCCGACUAUUAUUUACAGUAACUGUAAACAUAAUGUGCUGAACUUUUUUUUUUUUAAUUGGGAAAUAAGGGGUACUGUAUCAUUUGGGUAGUAACUGUUUGAAAAGGCAAAUGCUGUUUACAUCUGAAGAGUCCUAGUUCUUUAAAUUAGGAUUAUCAUCAAGUGUUGAAAGGGUAACUGCUACUCGGAGAGGUUUAGGCAGAAAUGUAACACUGCCUGGAACAUUCUUCUCGAGAGCACUUGUUAAACAUGAGCAAGCCAUCCCUGAGGCAUACACAUCCCUCUUUCUUGUGCAGGCUGUUUUGUGAUGUUUGUUUACCCACUGUUAUAUUAAGGACUCACUGCAGUUGUAAGUGUGUGACACAGCUAGGAUCAGCUACAGUGGAAAAAAAUGCAACAAAACAUGUCGUAUGAGCUGCUGCAGUCCUGCCACAAUUAGGUCAGUGGAAAAGAGGUAUCCCAAAUUUACGCAAGCCAUCUGUGCUUGGAUUUGUGAAUGAAGGUGGCUUACGCUACCAGUGUGUGGAUUUGCCAGUGGUUGUGUGAAUGUUGCCACAGAGGAGACAUUAAUUGUUUUGGUUUUUAUAGAGCAUUGUGUAAGGUUUCACUUGGGCUUGUGGAAGCCUGAUCUACAGAAAAUCACUUUUAAACCGCAAUCUAGUUGGCAUGCUUAGCUGCAUAUUUUGGUAGAAGCAAGGGUAGACAGACAUUACAAAGAAAUACAUGUAAAUAAGCGGUGGUCAUAUUGCACACCAAUACCUCAUGCUUGCUGGAGAAAAGCCGCUGGCCUGUGAUCCUGAAAAUAGAUGUUAAAACCACUUCAGUUUAGCACAAUGUCCAUCAGAAACACCUGCUGAAAAUAAGCUACAGCAUAACCACAAACUGCAAGCUUUCACAGAGCCCUUGUUGCUUCUACUCUCCUUUCUUUUUCCUGUAUGAGACAGAACUAUGGAGAAGUGUUGUGAUGCCAGCUAUGCUAGAAGAUGCAAAGUCCUGGCCUCCUCUAUUAAGAGUUAAUCUUUAAGUAGUCUUUUAUUAGAGAUGUGGUGUGUAAGAAAAGGUUGGUGGAUCUGUAUUGCUGUGUGGUUUGUGUUGGUUGGCUUUUUUUCCCUUCCUCAUGGAGCACAGGUCUCCAGGCCCAAGCCAGAUAAGCAGCGUGAAUGUGCUCAUCAACCUAAUGAGACUCCAGAGUCCUUGAAGGUGCCUUUAUACUACUUCUUUUUGUCCAAAGAGCAAGUAGUAAUACAAUUAGUAUACGCAGACUCCUCCCUGUGUCGGAGGUACUAAUGAGGCUGUUGGCUGUUACCAGAAAUGCCCCCUGGCACACGGAGGAACCUCCCAUGCUACAGUGUGUAUGCAUGUAAAAUUAGUAACAAAACCCGUAUCACUACUAUCUCCAGAUUCCUGCAGUGAUUUCCACUUGUCAUUGUGACUCCUGUGCUCUUUCUUCAACUUCUUCAAUGUGUGUAUAUGUUAUGGACAAGAGAAUUGCUCAGCCUCUGGGUACUCUACCUGCAGCAGUUGGCUUUGUUGGGAAUAGAAUCACCAGCUGGACACAGGUGCUGCCUGAGGAUUUGGUUUGGGUCUUUGCUGGUACGGAUCAGCUUGUGAUGGUUGAGUGUGUUCCCUGACAUGGUCUUCUCAACUCCAGAGAACUUAAUGACUAGCGUAGAUGGGAUGUGCACAUUCAGAUGGGUUAGGGAUAGGAUUGUAUAAGGAGUGCUCUUGCAGGAGCCAGAGUUGUGUGUAAGGCCUCUGUACUCCUUUAACCCUGCCAGCUUGCUAAUUUUCUUCUGUUAGAUCUGAACAAAACACUGGUAAAAUGAAGAGACAGUUUAUUCCCCACCUGUAGGGGAACUGGCUCUGUGUAUGUUUCAAUAGAUCUGGCUGGAACAACCCUCUAGUAAGUUUAUACUACCCUUUUCUAACAUCAGAGAUAAGUUUCUGCUGUGUUUCAGUAUUUUUUUUUCCCUUUCCAGAACAGGAGUGUAGCAUGCUGGUGGGAUUCUCAGCAGCCAAAGUGUGGAUUUGGGUUGUUUUUUUUCUGAAAAGUUUCCAGGCAGCCUAUCCAGAAUAUUUCUGGUUGGACCAAGCUGGGAAGAGAUUGCAGCGUUUGAUUUCGGCCACCCCAGAUGGCUUGGGAGAGUUUGGCUGCGAGGGUUUUGUACAAACUGCCAUAAAGACAGGAACUGUUUUCAGAACUCAGACUGGAGUUUAAUCCUAUGUUGUGCUGGUAUCUAUCUCUCUAGAGUUAGCUAAAUUACAAUAUAACUUCACAGCAGCUUUGUGUAAUCCUAUGCUGCAGAUACCCAGAGGUUCAGGGUGCUGAUUAAUUCCCAGUUCUGUUGAAAACAGACCACUGCUAUAUGAAAAUAUUAUAAUUAGUAGCAAGUCAGCAGAAAUUGUCAAAGAAUUUUUUCAGCUGUUUGCAGCUGGAUUUGUACCCACUAUUUUACCCUACGGGGAAAAGGGGGGAGCUACUGCUCUGUACCAUCACUUUCCUGUAGCCUGAGUCUGACAGAAGGACAUUUGUGUAUACUUUUCUUCUGUGUUGGAGAGCAUGGGGACCUUAGCUCAGACCUGAUGUAAGGACAUUCAGUGUGGUGGAAGCCAGAGGACAUUACUUGGGUGUACAAAGCUACUCCCGGAGCUAGAUCGUAUGCUAGACCCAGUGUUGUUGCAUGUGAGCAGGAGGUGGUGCAUUGUACGUUUAUGUGGGGAAUCUCCAGCCCCAGGAAGGCAUGACUCUGCUGUUCUGUAUUUCACCGGCAUCUCUC